ACCGCCUCCUCCUCCGCCCUGCCCCGCCUCCCGUUUCCCUUCUCCACCUGGGCGGGGCCGGGUUGAUUUGGGUGUUGGGAAGGGCGACUACGAGGGGGAACGGGAAGGGGAAGGAGGCAGGGCCUGGCCGCCGCCCGCGGGGACUAGCGCCUGGAUGAGUGGGGGAGGCCUUCAGUUCUGACCGGAAAGGCUGUGAGGACGGGGAGAAUCUGACUAGGAAAGAAAAGAAACAGAACAAGAUAUUUUGCAACUUGCAGUUUUGAAGACUUUUCUAAUACUUAAGAACCACCAAGGGCAACUGUUCUUCUCUCCAGCUUGGAAAGAAAGAGGCUGUUUAAAUCAGAAAGCAAAAUGGAAUUAGGUUACCACCAAAGAACAUGAUUUUGGCCUAGGGGCUCCAAUAAAAAAAGCUGAGAAAUAUCGUAAUACUCCCCAAGAAGUGAGAAACCAAGAGAGACUCAUCCAUAAGCUAAAUUUACAGGUUAUAAAAAUUAAACAAACAUAUUGAAGAUCUCAAGCAGACAAAUCAUGGCAUGGAAGAACAUGUUAAGAAACCUUUGGAACUCAGAAAAGUAUUGACCAGUUACAGAUAAGUGGUUUAAGCAGCCAGAAUGUGCAUCUUUGUAAAGAAUUGAUUAAAGUAGACCAACUAAAAGCAGCUGGAAAAAGAGAAUUGUUAUUGGAUACCACAUACAGGGACUUUUAAAUACUCAAAGACUGAACUUAGAUGUCAGCAAAAUAAUAUUAUGGUACUAGAAGAUACAAUAUAAAGUCUUAGAUAUAUUUGAUUCUUUUGUCAAGACUUUAGGAGCAGACAACUCAUCAUAAGAGUGAAGCUGAAAAUUUGGGAAAGAUGAUUCGAAGUAGAUCUAAAAGUCCUCGACGCACUUCUCCACCUCCCAGGGUACACAUGGGAGCAAAUUGUGAUUCAGAGCUUUUGAAGACAAGAGAUCGUGAGGAACUUAGAUGUAUGUUGGACAAAUAUGAGCGUCACUUGGCUGAAAUUCAGGGUAAUGUCAAGGUUCUCACAUCUGAAAGAGACAAGACUUUUCUUCUUUAUGAACAGGCACAAGAAGAAAUAGCCAGACUGAGACGAGAAAUGAUGAAAAAUUGCAAGUCUCCUAAAUCAACAUCAACAGCACAUGCAAUCUUACGACGGGUAGAAACAGAAAGAGAUGUGGCCUUCACUGACUUACGAAGAAUGACCACAGAACGAGAUAGUCUGAGGGAGAGGUUAAAGAUUUCCCAAGAGACUGCAUUUAAUGAGAAAGCUCACCUGGAACAAAGAGUAGAGGAAUUGGAGUCUACAGUACACAGUCUUGAUGAUGAACGUCUAGAACAAAUGGCAAAUAUGACUUUGAUGAAAGAAACCAUAACCACUGUGGAAAAGGAGAUGAAAGCACUAGCACGAAAGGCAAUGGACACAGAAAGUGAACUUGGCAGACAAAAAGCAGAAAAUAAUUCUUUGAGGCUUUUAUAUGAAAACACAGAAAAGGACCUUUCAGACACUCAGCGACACCUUGCUAAGAAGAAAUAUGAGCUACAACUUACCCAGGAGAAAAUUAUGUGUUUAGAUGAAAAGAUUGAUAAUUUUACGAGGCAAAGUAUUGCCCAGCGAGAGGAAAUCAACCUUCUUGGUGCAACACUCAGUGAUGUAGCUAAAGAAAAGGAAUGCCUGCAAGCAUGCUUGGAUAAAAAAUCUGAGAAUAUUGCUUCCCUUGGAGAGAGCUUGGCAAUGAAAGAAAGGACAAUUUCAGGCAUGAAGAAUAUCAUUGCUGAAAUGGAACAGGCGUCAAGACAAUCAACUGAAGCUCUUAUCAUGUGUGAACAAGACAUUUCCAGAAUGCGUAGACAACUGGAUGAAACAAGUGAUGAGCUUGCUCAGAUUGCUAGAGAAAGAGAGGCCUUGGCUCGUGACAAUGAUAAACUCCAAGAGUCAGUCUCUAGAAUUAAGCAGGAAAACCAGGUAUUAUCCAAAAAAUUGACCGAAAAUCAAACAGAGCUUAGUGAUUUAAAACAGAAGAGCCAUGACUCUAACAGUGAUGUUAGCAAGCUGAAAUCUUUACUAAAGGCUGAAGAGACUGAGAACCGGCAACUUAUGGAGGACCUUCGAAAGGCUGUUGAACAGGCUGAAAGCUGGGAAGCCAAAGCCCACCAAACCGAGGCAGAGAACAACACUAUCAAAUUGGAACUUUUAAGUGCAGAGGCAGAGAGUAACAGACUGAAAGAAAAAGUGGACUCGCUCAAUAGAGAGGUUGAGCAACACUUAAAUGCAGAAAGGUUGUACAAGUCUCAGAUUUCCACUUUGCACAAAUCCCUUUUAAAGAUGGAAGAGGAGCUUCAGAAGGUUCAGUUUGAGAAAGUCUCUGCCCUUGCAGAUUUGUCUUCCACACGGGAACUCUGUAUAAAACUGGACUCUAGCAAAGAACUACUCAGUCGACAGCUUAUUGCCAAAGAUCAAGAAAUAGAUAUGGUGGAGAAUGAGUUAGAUUCUGCUCGAAAUGAAAUAGAACUUCUUAGGAACCAGAUGGCGAAUGAUAGAAUCUCCAUGCAGAAUCUAGAAGCUUUGCUGGUAGCCAAUCGGGACAAAGAGUACCAGACUCAAGUGGCACUUCAAGAAAAGGAAUCUGAAAUCCAGCUUCUAAAAGAGCACCUUUGUUUGGCUGAAAAUAAAAUGGCCAUUCAAAGUCGAGAUGUUGCCCAGUUCAGAAAUGUAGUAACACAACUGGAAGCUGAUCUAGAUAUUACGAAAAGACAGCUAGGGACAGAGCGCUUUGAAAGAGAGCGGGCUGUACAAGAACUUCGUCGCCAGAAUUAUACUUCUUCCAAUUAUUAUCACAUGAGCUCUACAAUAAAACCAACACCUAGGUGUCAUUCACCUGACCGUGCUCUUCAUCGAUCCCCUGAUCGAGGCCUAGACAGAUCACUGGAAGAGAAUCUGUCCUUUAGAGAUUUUUGACACAUGAAGGUUCUUCACCCUCUGGAAAGCAAGGGUUAAAAACUGGACUCAAGUUUAUGCUGUAUAAUUGAUUUUAUCUUUUGAAUGCUUGACAAUGUUAAAUGUAUUUAUUGACCUCAAGAGAACAAACUCUGAAUCAGCCAUGGUGUUCUGUUUCAUACAGCUAAUCUCUGUUGUUAUUAUGCCAUAUUGCAGUGACUCAACUUGACAUUCUGAAGGAAAAAUGCAUAUGGCUGUGUCAAUCCACACAUUAAUAGUGAGUGUAAAGAAAAAGAUUUGCCUACUCCACUAUUGAAGGCUGUGGAAUAACAUUUGUUCCUCGAGAGAAAAUAAAGAAACUUAUACAAAGAGGGAAAAGUGUUUUACAAAACUGAUUUCUUUUCCUUUUUUUAGUAUCUAAUGUGGUUGGUUAAAUUUUAUCUCUGUGAUUUGUGCUUUCACGUCUAAAGAAAUUGUGCCAAAAUUGGCAAACUUUUUUUUAUUUGAUCAAUACUGGUCUGGGACCCAGUAUUUCUCUCCAUUUUGUAACCAACUUGAUAAAGUCCAUAUCAUCUGAUUUCAAAGAAGCAGAAAGUACAAGUGUGUCAGUGAUGUUCAGUAUAUACUGUUGUACAAUUCAAAGACCUAAUUAACAAACAUUUUCUACAAUUGUGUUUACUUCCACUAUUUUUAGAAAGGUAGGUGAUGAUAUAUCUGUAAAGAAUGUAAGAUAAC